AUGGGCGGCGUGCUGAUCGACUACAACCCGCGCCACCUCUACCGAAAACUCAUCCCGGACGAAGCGGAGAUGGAGGAUUUCCUGGCCAACGUGACCACCCGGGAGUGGCACAUGCGCCAGGACCAUGACGGCGAUCCGGCGACCGCGACCCGCGAGCUGCAGGCGCGCCAUCCCGGCAAGGAAGCCCUGAUCGGAGCUUACUAUGCCCGUUUCGACGAGAUGCUCGACCACACGUUCGAGCCGAUGACGGCCCUCGUCGAGCGGCUGGGCGGCGCGGGCGUACCGCUCUACCUGCUGUCCAACGCGCCCGGCUUCCUCGACGCCUGGCUGCGCGGACCGGCGCGCGCGAGGCACCCGUUCGUGAGGCAUUUUCCGCGACUAUCGUGGUGUCCGGCCAUGUCGGCUGCUGGAAGCCGGACGCGGCGAUCUUCGACCUGA